UCAUCGUUUACCAGUCCAUCAGAACUUCGCAGAGUUUUCGACUUCCUUUGAAAAUGGCUCGUACUAAGCAGACUGCUCGUAAGUCCACCGGAGGAAAAGCUCCUCGCAAACAGUUGGCCACCAAGGCUGCUCGCAAGAGUGCGCCCGCCACUGGAGGAGUGAAGAAGCCUCACCGUUACCGCCCAGGAACUGUGGCUCUCCGUGAAAUCCGCCGUUACCAGAAGUCCACGGAGCUUCUCAUCCGCAAGUUGCCAUUCCAGCGUCUUGUCCGUGAGAUCGCCCAGGAUUUUAAGACUGAUCUCCGCUUCCAGUCAUCGGCUGUCAUGGCCCUUCAGGAAGCAAGCGAGGCUUACCUUGUCGGUCUCUUCGAGGACACCAACUUGUGCGCCAUCCAUGCCAAGCGUGUCACCAUCAUGCCCAAGGACAUCCAGUUGGCCCGUCGCAUCCGUGGAGAGCGUGCUUAAAUUUCGACACUCUGCAAACGAAUCAACCAAUCAACCGGCUUUUUUAAAAGCCA